UCUUUAUUGUUUACAUCUACAGUCAUUUAUUUAUUGUUUUUUUUUUGUUAUAUAACGUUCUUUUCAUUUUCAUUCACUCAUUCAUUCAACUUCAAUAACCGCUUUGUCCAGAUUUGGAUUGUGGUGCAUUUGGAACAGUUCCGUUGCAUAGUCAUUCACACCCUGGGGCAAUUUGCAGUGGCAAAUCCACCCGUUCUUGGAAGAAACCCGAUAGCCCGGUUGUGUGUAUUGUGUGAAUAAUAAGGUCAACAAGAAGCAAGCAUAUAAAUAUUGUAUUGUAAAAAUUAUGACUGCCAAUCAGUAACUGUCUCUAAGUGGUGGGUUAAAGACUUGUUCUUCAAAGGCAUCAGCCUAAUUUACUGUAGGCCAUCCAGAUAUUUAAUUUAUAUAACUUUUAUGUUAUUGCAUGGAUUAACAGCAUUGCAUAUAAUUCAUUUUGUGUCAUUACGUAAGCAAUGUCAGCAAGAUACUAUCUUAGAGUGCAUGUAAUGCUCAACUGCCUGUGAAAUAGUCAUGACAGUCAUGGUCAUUUUCAUUCACAGUGAAACUAGAGUCACUGCUUUGAAGCCACUCACCUGUAACAUUGCUCUUGGCUCUUUGUCACAAUCGUCUUGGGAACAUACAACCCUGUCCCAAUGCUAGAACCUGAAUAAACUCAGGUUAGUAUGUAGGAGGCUGAUCAUACUGUAAAUCAAGAUAACGGCAAAGAUAAUCAAAGCUACACCUUGCAAGUUGACCCUGACUUCAGAUGUCAGCACAAUUUUUAAAAUUAAAAAGAGAGGAAGUUGGAAAUUCUAAAGAAUAUAAAGAAAAGGAAGAAACUGGUGCUUUGCUAUGCUUUUAACAUGCUUAUCUUGCAGUAAGAAAGUGAAACAGCUGCUCGUCCCAUGAAUUUAUUCCCUUUUCCUGAGAAUACAACCUGUCUUUCAUGCAAUGAUGGACAUACCCUUUAUCACCAACUCACCACAGAGAAGUGAAAACGACCAUGGACAGAAACAAGUGCACAAUGCAGCCUAUUUUCCCCCCGGCUUUGAUUUUGUGUAGAGCUGAAACACAACCAUGGCUUUGUUUUUGCAUGGAAUCGAAUUUGUAAUGCAUUAUCAAAGCAUUAUGAAAUGAUCCCUCCAUUCACACAGAGAGCGUGAGACUUGGUCCAAAAAAAAAAAAAAGAAAGAAAAAAAAGUGGGGGAGGAUGAUGUGACGGGAAUCAUUUGGAAAGAAUAGUUGGAAAGGCGGAGAGUGACGAUAGAUCCAGAUAUGAAAGUGAAAGUUGAUGUUCAAUGCAGGUAGGUGUAUAAAUAUAGCUCGAAGAUGUUACCUGUGCACACACACACACCUUCAGGAAGAUCCUGCACAUUUCCCUCUGGUGCUCAGGAAGCUGCAGAACUCAGACGCAAACAUGACGAAUGCAGUAGUUGCGCUGUUGGUCUUCACUGCACUUCUGUGGACCAAUGCACAGGCAUUCUCCAAUAAUGACCCCGACUGCUGCCUGUCCACCAGCAACGCUUACAUUCCACGCCGCAUCGUUGAGUCCUAUAAGAUCCAAACCGUAGAAAGUGGAUGCCGCAUUGCAGCUUCUGUUUUCAUCACCAAGAAGAACAAAAUGUUGUGCGCUCCACCUCCAAGUGACCUGACGUACCCAUGGGUGUUGAAGCUCAUUGAAUAUCUGGAUGCUCGUAGUGCCAAGGGAAAAGGCACUAAGUGAUUGACAGGGUGAAUAGGCCCAGGCCUGUCGGAACUGCACGUGUGGAUUUUCUGUGCCAUCUACUGCAAUGUUAAUGAGCUACUUUAGCUUAGUGUCAGUGUUUUGUGUCAUCAUCUUGUGUAAUGCACAUGCCCUUGUGUUAUGGUUUUCAUACCAUUAAAAAAAAAAAAAGAACAAACAUAAAAUGUGACAGCAGGCAUGGAUGAAUCCAUGUCUGCAAGUGUGUCAGCACUGUUUUAUAUCUACUGAUGAAUUGUAUUGUGAUUUUUUUUUCUCCUUAUGAACAUGUACAUGUUAUUUUUUUAAGAGUGAAUUCAAAUAAAAAGCA